UCCUCGGCUGACUAGGUCUCCCCAAAUUCCCCCGCCUGCUCACUCCCAACCUUGCCAUGUAACCAACAAUCCAACACAACACACAACCCGGAUUCCCCAUGGACUCCGGCAAGCGCCGCCAUGUCGACGACAGCGACCGGCUGAGCGACCUUCUGGAGUGCCUCCUUCUAGACAUCCUCUCGUGCGUGGGGUCCCGCCUAGCCGUGCAGACGAGCACCCUAUCCCGGCGCUGGCGGCAUCUAUGGCGUGACGUGACCUGCGUCGACGUCGACGAGCUCGAGUUCCGCCUAGCUGUCUCCCCCUCCAAUCGUGUCGGCUUCAACCAGCGGCAACAGCAGUGGGCCCGCUUCGAGGACUUCGCCGACCAUGUCCUUCUGCCGUCCUCCUCGUCGCCGCUCUACCAGCACCGCCGCCUCGACGCCUUCCGCCUCCACAUCGUCAGCCCCUGCCUCACCAACACCACCACCGACCGUUGGGUCCGCCGCGGCCUCGCCCGCUCCCCCGCCGUUGUCUCGAUCCACUCCCCUAACCACUCUGCCGUCCACUGGAUCACCCCGUCACCAUCUUCCCCCUCCCUAUUAUCACGCAUCACCAAGCUCCAUCUCGUGGGCGUCCUGGUAACAUCCUUGGGCCAAAUCCUGGACUGCCCGGCCCUCGAGGAUCUUCACAUGGAGCGUUGUGCGUUGUGCGACGCGUUCGGCGCCAUGGCCCAUCCUCAAGCGGCUCGCCGUCGUCCGCCCCAUCAGCGGCAACAUCAUCGCCGCCGAUCUCAUCCGCGCCGCUCCCCGUCUCGAGUACCUGCGCCUCGACCUGCUCUGCGACAGCCAUGGCAGCGCCGGAGAUCCCGCCCCGGAGGGCCAGGCGCCGCGGCUUCCGUCGGUCGCCGAGGCCUCGAUCCGUGUCACCCAAUCGGACGAUGAAGUUUAUCACUAUAAGCCAGAGUGGAAGAGGAACAAGCUCGACUUCUUCAAGGCCAUGUGCAGCCUACUCGCUCGGCUCCCCAAUGUCGUCUUCCUCGAGCUCUCCGGCUUCACCACCACCGCGCUGCUAGAGCAGGAAUCCCAAGAAUUCCCAACUCUGACUCAAUUGAAAGCCUUGCUUCUGGACGAUUGUGAGAUUGGGGUCAACUUCUACUCCCUCCGUACCGAGAAGACACUCUUCCCAAGUCAAAUUUGCAAUUAAGUCCAAAAGUUUUAGAUUAUUACAAUUAUACUUGACGUUAUCAACUCCAGCCGCAAAUUCAAAAUCGCACAGCUCACGACCGCAGGAGCUCGGGCCGCAAGUUCAAAAGCGCAUAGCUCACGUCCCAGGAGCUCCGGCCGCAAGCCAGCCACAACUACAAAUGCACACAUCUCACGUUCACCUAGGCUACACCUGCCAGUUCAAGUCACACAGAUCUCAUCACAAGAGCUACAGCCGCAAGUCAAAAUUACAGAGAUCACGAUGUGAGGAGCUACGACGCCAGUUCAAAUCAAUCUUGCGGAUCACAGGAGCUACAGCCGUAAAUCAAAAUUACAGAGAUCACGAUCUCACAGUGAGGAGCUACAAUGUCAUUUCAAAUCAAUCACGCAGAUCACAGGAGCUACAGCCUUAAGUUAAAAUUACUCAGAUCA